CUGCGCCUCCCGCCCGCCGGCUCGUGCGCCUUCGACGGCAGCGCCUGUGGCUACGCGUCCGAGCCGGCGACCCUGCCGUGGACCCUGAGCGAGGAAGAGUGUGGCAGCUGGAGAAAGGUGAAUUCCUGAGUUCUUUAAGAAAGGAGUGGAAAGUAAAACAGCCAAUUGUAAGAAUCUAAGGUACUACUGCAGUUGGAAUGUUUCACCUCAGAAAAGGAAAUUGAGUUCUGGUCCCCUUGCCUCAAAAAGCAGCUCUCCAGUGAGGCAUGGCAGCAACAUGUGGAACACUUCAGUUUAGAGAAAAUCAGGAAUAUAAUCUGAGAUCUGCUGAUCUGCCAGUUUGCUAGUGCUGGAGAUAGGCUGCAAAAGAUGGGCAGCUCGCAAAAUAGACCUUGUGUAUUAUGCCACACUUAUUUCUCCAGAGUUUAGUGAUGUGAGCUGUGGGGGAAAUUAUGAAGUUUUGUGUCCUUCUGUGUGUGUGCCUCCAGUUUAUGGGCACAUCUGCUUGUCCAGGCAAUAUACUGAAAUAAUAAAGCCAGCAUUGUGAUUUAUAAAUAGAUUGUAAUAUUUAUAAACAUUUCUAAAAUAAAAAAGGACUUUGUAAAUUAUGCUGUAAAAUAUUUAAAUAUUGAGUGAGCAUUUGUAUAGAAAGAUUUUUACCAGAACUAUUGAAUAGACUUUUAUUUAUUAAGUUUUGAGUUAAUGUAUAGAUGCUUCCAGAUAAAAGGUUUGUCAAAUGUCAGUUUUUCUUAAUUGGUGCACCUGACUCUCAAAAGCCUCUUUGAAACCAUGACAGUCUUGGUGCUCAUUGCAGCUAAAAUGGAAGACUGUUCUCUUUGCCCUACAUUGGACAAAAGGUUUCCUGCAUUGCAGGGGAUUGGACUAAAUGACCCUUGUAGCCCAUUCUUGCUCUACAAUGCUAUGAUUCUAUGAAUACUGCUUUAAUUGUGUUUUAAAAAGUGAUUUUGUGUUUGAAUGUAACACAAGCUCUGGGAACUUCUCAGCUAAAAUAGCCUAAAAUAAAUGCCUAAAAUAAACAAAUAAUACAACUUAUUUAUUUAUUUUAUUUUAACACAUUUAUAUUCUGCUUAAUAUUUCAGAAAUAUUAAACCAGAGAUUUGUGAAACCAGCACAAAUGGGACAUUCCAAAUGCAGGUGUAGCUCAGAAUACUUGAGGGAACUUUUAUAUUUCUGACUGAAAGUUCAAAUGUUAACUUAUUCCAUCUCUCUAGCCAAAAGAAAAAAAGAAGGGACACAAAUGGUCAGAUCAAACUGCUGAAGAUUCAGAACAGAAAAGGCUAAACUAGUUGCCACUCUCUGAGGAGACCACAAUGUCUUCAGGUCAUUAUAUUUCUGUGGACACCUCACAGGGAACAAAUGGUGACACAGCUGUACUCCUCAGUCCUGACCUAUAUAGCGAAGAGUGGAGCUGUCUUAGACUGAUAUAUCAAAUUGCAGCAUCUUCAGAGUUACCAGUAGAUCCUACUGCCUUAAACCUGUACCUAAGGGUGGAAGGUGAAAGUUUUGACCAUUUGCUUUGGACAACCACUGAGCGUUCCGAGAGCUGGCUCAUAGCUAGUCUAGAUAUAAGAAACAGUACAGACAAAUACAAAAUUGUUCUAGAAGGCAUCUUGGGAAGAGAUAUUUUUGCCAGCAUAGCAAUUUUUGAAAUUAAGAUAACUACUGGCUACUGUAUAGAAUGUAAUUUUGAAGAAAACCAUCUGUGUGGUUUUAUGAACCGCUGGAACCCCAAUGUAAACUGGUUUGUUGGUGGAGGAAAUGUUGGAAAUUCACAAUCCAUCCUUCCAAGAGAUCACACUCUUGAUGAUGAGUUUGGUCAUUACAUGUAUGUGGACUCUCUCUAUGUCAAACAUUUCCAGGAAGUGGCUCAGCUGGUCUCACCUAGGACAACAACUCCUAUGUCAGGCUGCUUGUCCUUUUAUUACCAAGUGCAGCAGGAAAGUGGAAUUGUAUUCACGGUCUACAUGAGAGACAUAAAUGGCUUUUAUGAAGAACUUUGGAAAGCAGAUGGUUCUGUGAGUAAGGAUUGGGUCUUAGGAGAAGUUGACUUCAGUGCACCAUAUCCAAUGGAGGUGAUUUUUGAAGUUGCUUUCAACAGUGCGAAUGGGGGAUAUAUUGCUCUUGAUGACAUUUCUUUCUCUCCCGUUUUCUGCAGCAAUCGGACAGAAAUUUCCUUCAGUCCUUCACAGGCAAGUUGCAGUUUUGAGGAGGAUCUGUGUAAUUUUUAUCAGGAUCGCAAGGAUGGCCCUGGCUGGAGCAGGGUCAAAGUAAAGCCUAAUGCAUACAGGCCAGGAGACCAUACUACUGGCAUGGGUUACUACUUGCUAGCGAAUACAAAGUUUACAUCACAACCUGGGUACAUUGGCCGUUUGUACAGCACUACUUUGCCAGGAAAUUUACAGUAUUGUCUGCGGUUCUAUUAUGCCUUAUAUGGCUUUUUCAAAAUGACUGAUGCCCUGGCUGUUUACAUCUUUGAAGAGAACCAUGUGGUACAAGAGAAAAUCUGGUCUGUCUUGGAAACUCCCAGAGGAGUCUGGACGCAAGUGGAGAUCAGCUUCAAAAAGCCCAUGCCUGCCAAGGUGGUGUUCGUGAGCUGGUGUAGAAGCUUUUGGGAUUGUGGACUAGUGGCGCUAGAUGAUGUGUCAGUGAGUUUAGGAAGCUGUCAAGCAGCGGAUAUAUUGCCUGCUUUUCCUGGAGAAUGUACUUUUGAGCGAAAUGAAUGUGGGUUCAUUCAGCAAAAUAGAAACCGGAGUGGUUGGCAUAAGAGAAGAGGUCAGACACCAACAUCUUAUACUGGACCCAAAGGAGACCACACUUCUGGGGUAGGACAUUACAUGUACAUAGAGGCAUCCAACAUGAUCUAUGGACAGAAGACACAGCUUGUUUCAAGGGUAUUACGACGGACUGUUGGACAUCAGUGUCUUAUAUUUUUUUAUCACAUGUAUGGCUCUGGAACAGGGCUAUUAAAUGUUUAUAUGAAAAAGCAUGGUGAUAAGGACGAGAUCCUCCUCUGGAGAAGGCAUGGUGAACAAAGCAUCACAUGGUUAAGAGGCCAAAUAGAAUAUACAUGUGAUAGAUCUCAUCAGAUUAUAUUUGAAGCAGUUCGUGGAAUAUCAGUAAGAAGUGACAUUGCCAUUGAUGAUAUUUUAUUUCAGAGAGGACCUUGUAAAGAAACAGGAGAAACCAUACUGCAGUCUUCUGGUUAUUCUGCUGAUUUUAAUGAAAUUGAAUACUGAGCUCCGCAGAAGCCGAUGGAAUAUCACCUUGCUUAUCUACAAUAGGAACUGCACAGCUCCCUCCCUGCUCUCAGUUGUAGAGUGAUAAAUACUGAACUAUUUUGUUAGCAGCCUGAAGGUAUGGCAAGAAUUCAGCCUUGCCAAUGAAGUUACUGACUCAGGGUUUCCCUCACUUUGUUUUUUAUUGUAUUUUAUUUUGCAUGUGACAUCAGUUAUUCUAAAGGGCUAUUCAUUUUGCACAGUGUGAAGUAAUAGACAAAUGUGUUUUUGGUAAACAUUUUGGGGCACAUAAUUACAGAAAGCAAAAUGGACAAAAUAUAUAAUUUGUCAUUGUGUUAACUAAAACUGCAUUCAGUGAAUGUCUUGUCUUUGGCAAAUUAUGGAUUUAAUUUUAGAAUUUAGAAAGAAUGGAGAAAAUAUUAUUAAAAGCUAGUAAUAUUCUGUAGGUCAAAUGAAAUAGUUUUCAAUUGUUGUUCAGGAAACUUCAGGGAACCCAUUUAUAAAAAUAUUAAGUAUCACAUAUAAACGAUUUGGGUAGGUUUUUGUUUUGUUUUUUGCUAUUCCUUGCCAAACAAUUAUUGUAAUGAAUCCAUUUGUCAUUCCAGCAGCUAACAGAUGAACUGCUGUAAAGGUUCUGUUAAAGUGUUGAUUACAAUACAUAAACAGUGACCUGCAUACAUUACAGCAGACUGGAAUGCAGGUGUUGUUUUUUUUUAAAAAAAAUAGUUUUAUAGACUUGUGCAGAAUUGUCUUUAUCAUACUCAGCCACAAACAAUCUGCCUUCCUGUUAGAAACAGAUGAUGCAUAUUUGAUUGCUGAAUAUUUUAUAUUUUAUAGAUAUGUAUGGGUGUGUGUUUUGUGUGCGCAUGCACAUGUAUUUACAUCACGUUUUUCUAUAAUUUGGAACAAGGUAAUAAAAUACAAUUUAAAAU